GAAUGUGUGUCUGACAGCCCUGUGCUUUAUCACGUCCUGCGCCAGCAAGUUGAGCAAAGCCUCGUGCCGCAGCUGGAUGAAGUUCACUAUCAUCCGGACUUCUCACAUUUUCCUCACCUCCACGAGUUCUGCCUUGGCUUGCACUUGGCUCAGUAUUCCAGUGAAUUAUGGACUCAAUGAAGGUACCAGUUGGGACCAUUUCUUACACUUUUUCAUUCCAGUGGCUGUCACCCUCUUUAACCUCUUACGGGUGGCCCAACUGAAUCAGCAGCAGCUGGAGACAAGGGAGCUUUGCACGCAAGCUGGGAAUCUUCACAUCCAGACCUUGGAAGACGCCACCUGCUCUCACCCCCUCGAUGAAGAGAGAAUCCGUAAUGCCAUUGCUGGUCAGGAG